AGUUCUAUUCACUUCUAUUCGAGAAUCGUGCUCGUGACGUUCGUGUCGAUUCAGCGACCGUCGCGGAAAGCAAAUUAGAGGGAAAGAGAGAGAGGGAGGAGAGUGUACGCGCGCGUGUAAACGAAAGGGCGAGCUACGGAACGCAGGUGAAGGCUGGUAAAGGAGGCUUCGAAGGAGAGCGUCGUCGCCGUCGUCGUCGUUGUUAUUGUGCCGUGCGAUUCGCUCGCAGACGGGGAGGCAAUGAAAUUCCAGUACAAGGAGGAACAUCCAUUCGAGAAGAGGAAGGCGGAGGGCGAGAAAAUCCGACGGAAAUAUCCCGAUCGGGUGCCCGUAAUAGUUGAGAAGGCACCUAAAGCAAAGAUUAGUGAUCUGGACAAGCAAAAGUAUUUGGUACCUUCUGAUUUGACUGUUGGUCAGUUUUACUUUUUAAUUCGUAAAAGGAUUCAUUUACGUCCCGAAGAUGCUCUGUUCUUCUUCGUAAACAACAUCAUUCCUCCAACAAGCGCUACCAUGGGUUCUCUUUAUGCGGAACAUCACGAAGAGGAUUUCUUCCUAUACAUAGCGUAUAGCGAUGAAAAUGUAUACGGUCACUAAACCCCUGCAGGAUGAGCAAAUUGCCAAAACAGCAAA